AUGUUUAAGUUUGGUGUAGUGUUAGUGACUGUGCUUAUAAAUGUCCACAUUCCCACAUCCGUCAUUUGCUCUGAUCUAAAGACAGUAGAUGUGGACAAUCUAAUGCUUUUAAACGUUGCUGUUAAGGGGAGAUUAAUCAACAAACUCACGGAGGCGAUAGAAAAAGCCCAGACAUCUCGACAGGUGUUGGCAGAGGACGUGAAAGAUUGUCUGGUACAGGCCUCAGCUAGUCACGUGCUAUGUAGAGAGUGUGUACGGAGUCUAUGUGAGAGAAGGACUUUACAGUGUAAUGGCAACAUAACUGAAGUGGAGAUUGUAAUGAAAAAAGAGGAAGAAACCCCAAUUCCGGAAGUGAAAAUCGUGGAACCGGAUGUAAAGUUGGCAGAGACAGUGAUAGAAAUGUCAAAUACAGCUAAAGAUGAUCUUUUGCAAGAAGUUCCAGAAAGUUUGCGAAAUGAAGGGCAAUAUAUAGUGGAAGAGGCACAGACGGAAUCUAAAUUGGAGACCCUUAAACGGACACUAGGGGAGGGGUUUAACAAAGCAAUGGAUACUAUUCCAAAAUUGAUCCCAAAAGUUAAAGACGCAUUUAUAAACAUGGAAACCCAGCUAUCAGAUCCUCAAACCAUUGAUCGUUUGGCCAAUGGGGCUGCUGAGCAGGUUGCUAUAGCAAUGCAAGGAAAACAAGAAGUAGAAGAAAAGCUAAAUCGAAACAUGGAUGUUCUACAACAGAAACUGCCGCGUGUUCUAGAGACCGUCAAUAACCACUUCAGCAACAUAAUGUCAUCUGUCAAGUCCUUCAUGAGGUCCACUGUUCAGAAGGUGAACCAAAUGCAAGGAAAUGAAGAUUUCGGAAAGAUUUUUAAAUUUCCAAAGUCUGAAAAUGAUGCAAAGAAAUGGUCCACAUCUAUUAUAUCUUUACACAUUAUGAGACCAGAUGGAAAGGUGACGUCAUGGAGAAAAUCAAAUCAAAUGAUCUCACCUCAAGUCUCCCUAAAUCAGAAUCAGGCGCCACAGUCCGGUCACAUAAGUCAGAUUCCUAGGCGGUUUCAGAGAGGUUCCAAUGACGUCAGGUGUGACGACAUAGCAAAGAAUCCCCAAGAAGCUUGCGAAUUGUAUCACUUCCAAUGCCAGUCAUGUGCAAAUGACACAAUUCUUUUACAGCACAAAUGUGGGAAAACGGCCCUUAAGAAAAUGGUAGACAUUAAACUUCUGGACAUGAAGACGGCCAUGUAUGUAACUGUGUACACCAAGUACUUGAGACACGGCCUGGUGGUGGAGAAGGUUAAGUAUGAUGAAGACAGUUACGAUUCUGCAAACAAAGUAUAUAGGUCUGCAUUUAUUACUGCAAAAAUUGGCAAGAAAAUCAUCACAUACGAAACUUCGGCUUUACCCGCGUUUACUGAUUUGACUUCAUCUGGUGGAGAAAUCGGAGAGGAAUUGUGGGAAAUAAUGAAUCACGAAGGGGAAUUUGAGCCAGGUCAUUUUGUUAAAUCCUUUGAAGAUGAUCUAGAAGGAGCCUAUAAUCUGAAACAAACUGCAAGAUCUGGAUGUGUUCAAUCUGCCGUCAAUUCAGUUGUGUUUACAGUCCUAGGAGUCAUUUUCUACUUUGGCUUCAUUGUAUUGUGAAAAAAAAAUAUCUGGAUGAUAUAAAUAAUAAUCCGAUCAUCUGAUCAUAGCCAGCCAGCCAGCAUGAAAACGGGUAUUCUGACAAAUUUCCUUCCGCACAUCAAAUUUUGUCAACUUAAAAAAAUAUUCAGGAUUUAAAUUUCAGCAAUCGUUUUACAUGGCAUAUUUUUA